GCUAUUAAACCGGGGAAAUGGGAGGUUAGACUGAUGCAAUUAACAUGAUUAACCUUUUAACUGGCGAGGUCAAUCAUCAGGUGGAUAUAUCAACUUGAACCCUUCAUAAUAUCUGUUUCCUCAUCAUUCCAAGAUAUCUAAACAACAUGGAUCAUAAACAUCGAUACUUGGAAAGCUGCCAGAAUCCUUCAUCGCCAAGUGCUCCAGUUUUGUUUGAUGACCUAGAAGACGUAUUUACAGAAAACUCUGAUGUUCCUUACCAAACAAAUGAUGAUGCAAUCACUAGAGAGGGUAUUCCGAAAACAUCAACUCCAGCCAAGAAAAAUGGAGCAGAAAAGGAAAUGUCGCCGCAGAUGCAGAGGUCCCCUGAACCAGAUCGGAAAGCAGAUGGACACGUGACCGAGACUGGCAGUCCAAUGGGAGGUGGAGUAGGCGGGGCAGUAGGAGGGGCUUAUAGUGGCGCCAAAGGUGAGCCUGCAUGCGGGGAGGAGACUCCUGUGCCGGGACCGCCUCACGGACAACCGAGCCCCAACGUUUCGAAACCCAACCAAAUAUAUCCAGUACCGGAACCUAUCGCAGAGAUAUCUUCUAUUCAUGACACCUCGAGCGACGGCGAUGUCCUUCGCAAUCCGGAACCUCGUCGAAAAUCUGAUCCGACCACUCCCAUGGAAUUUUCUUCAUUGCCAUCUCCUGAGUCUCUUGUAACGAUGAUGUCUUCUUUCCAGCAAGCUGCAGAUAAAUUUGACAAAUUAAGAAGGGGCUACCACAGUCAAUGUGUUAGGAGAAACUUGCAACACUCGAAGUCCGUCGAGAAUAUAAGAUCUUUAACCAAUUCUGUGAGCUCCCAGCAAGAAGACAUAGAAGAAAUACGCACGCUGAUAGGAUAUCUCAUGAGAGAUAUGGCAGAUUUGAAGUCAAGACUUGGAGCUAGUGGAAAAAGACCAGAAGUCGCCAUGCACUGUAGCCGAAACACAUUUGCUUCGAGUUCAACCCACUCCAUACCUUAUGACUCAGAGAGGGAGCAGGGGCACCAAUCUUUCAUCCUACCAUCCACGGACCUGAACAUCCGAGCAGAACUCUUCCUCGUCGGAUAUGACACUGGACAAGGCACACAUCUCUCCCUCCGGAUCGAAGCAAAGUCCGGCAACGCGAAAGAGACCGGUCAACUGCCCUCCCAAUGCCGAUUCGAGAUCCGUAUUCUCAACUUCGACGAUGAAGACGAAACCCGAAAGAAAUCGAAGGACUCCAACUCUAAGGAAAAUGACGGCGGCAUGCAUGUCGUUGAGUUUCCAAAGGUGAUUGAGAAAGAUGUUGUCGAGAACGAAGCCCUUGGAUUCAAGAAGAAUGGCAUGUUAAGGGUCACGCUCAUUGUUUCUUGGGAGGAGAUAAAUGGCGAAUAAAAUGGGGACCAUUCCAGGAAAGGGCGACUUGGUGCUACCACACGCCAAUACUCAUAUAAAUACAUAAUAUAUGUACACUCAGCAAAAAAAGUUCUUGGACACUUACAAAAGUUAAAAUAUUCCAUAUAAAUAUUUGAUUGAAGGCAAAU